AUGAGCGCAAUAGCAGGCGGAACUGCUGGUCUGAGCAUCGCGACGCCUGCCGGCAGAGGUCGUAAGCGAGGGUCGUCAGCGGCGACGUCGCGAGCUGCUGCGGCGACAAGUGAUGCGGUCGGGGUAGAAAGCCUGGGCGGCCGAUCGAGCAAACGAAAAGAUGCAGUUGCGGGUGGUGGUGAGGCGGGCGAUGACGACGACGACGUCUUAAGCAAGCCGGCGUCUUCCCGCCUCGGGGCGACAGGCGCUGCUGCAACCGCAGGAGCAGAUCAAGGCGGGCACGCGUCGGCAGGUGCGGCCGAUCGCGAGGGGACAGAUGGUCGGGGGGCUGCGGCGGGGUUCCGAGAUGGCGAAGCUGCGACGGGAGGGCACCGCCGCGCUGUAUCGGGGAACUUCGCAUGGCUGGGAACGAGCACGUCGGGCGCCGCGCAUGCCGUGAAGGCAGCGCUCAAGUCGUCGCUCGUCGCGCUGGGCGCCGCCAGGAGUCCCGCGUCGGCAGCAGGCAAGGGCGCAUUGUCGGGCCGUUCGGCAGGGGCAGCGGGGGAGGAAUCGGUCCGCGCAGCGGCGGCGCAGAGGCUGAGCGCGGUGCUGCGGCACCCCGCGGUGCCGGUGGUGCUACCCAUGAUGUUGGCGGUGGUCAUCAGCGCCUACUUCCUCCGCCUCGUCCCCGGCGGCGGCACCCAUUCCGUGGCGGACGAGUCGGGCUGGCGGCUGUGGUGGGGGGCCAACCGCGCUGAGCGCAUGGCGGCCGCGGCGUCUGCGGCGGCGAAGGCGCAGCAGGCGGCGGUGGAGAGGCUGCAGGAGGUGGUGGUGCGGCUGGAGAAGCGCACCGAGUCCAUGGCGCAGGCGCUGCAGGUGCAAGUGGACACGUUGGAUUCGAAGCUGGGCGCGGUGAGCAAGGAGCAGGAGGUGCGAGCGGCGCAUGCAGCAGAGCUGGAGAAGCGACUGGAGCAGCUGGGCGUGAAGGUGCAGGAGACGGACGCCGCCGUGCUGCAGAUUCUCGCCAACGGGGGGCCCAUGGUGCGGCAGGAGGUGGUGCAGCUCGUGCAGCAGGUGGCAGAGGAGAGGGCGCAGGAGGUGGAGGGGCGUGUGUUGACGCUGGACGACGUGAGGGCGGCGGCAAAGAGGGUGGUGGAGGAGCAGCUGCAGCGCCACCUGACGGACGACAUAGAGCGCGCCGACUAUGCGCUCGCCACUGGCGGGGGGCGCGUGGUGGCGCACUCAGACGCGCUGUACACGCGGCAGCAGCAGCAGCAGCGCCAGCAGAAGCGCCGGUGGAGCCAGGUGGUCAGCACCGUGUCUCCCCUCGCUUCCUCCGGUGCUGCGGGCGCAGGCGCUGCUGCUUCCAGUGGCAAGGAGCCAGAGGCGGACUUGCUGCACCCGAACGCACAGGUGGUGCUGACCCCUGGGCGAUUCCCCGGCAACUGCCUGCCGCUCAAGGGGCAGCAGGGGCACAUUGACAUCCGCCUGCGCUCCACCAUUGUGCCGCGCGCCUUCACACUCGAACACCUGCCAAAGCUGGAGUGCUGCACAGUGCCCCACGCCCGCACAUCCCACCAAACACUCUCAACGCCUUGCCCCUUUCCCUGGCAGAGCAUCGCGUAUGAGAUUCACAGCGCACCCAAGGACGUGGAGUUCUGGGGCAGGCGCCCUGCUACCGCCACCGCCACCACUGCUGCCGCCACUGCUGCUGCUGGCAGCGGUGGGGGCAAUGGCGGUGGGGAGAGUGAGGCGGCAGGGUCAAGCAGUGCAGGUGGCGCAGUGGAGGAGGGGGAGUGGCAGCGGCUGGCAGUGGCAAGGUACGAGCUGGAGGGCGGGCCAGUGCAGACAUUCAGCGUGGGGGAGGCGGUGGAGGAGGGGGGUGGUGGCGAUGGCGUGGGCAUUGGCAUGGUGCGAGUGCGCGUGCUGUCCAACUACGGGCACCCCAACUUCACCUGCAUCUACCGCGUCAGGGCUCAUGGGGACGCCCUGGGCGGGUGA